AUUUGAUCUAGAUCAGUUCAUCCAUUCUCUGUUUCCGGCAUUUUGUGCUAUCCUACCGCAUUUCGUUCUAUCUGAUUUGUAAAAAGUGGUGAAUCCGCUUUGAACCCAAAAUCAAAAUGCCAGAAUUGACCGAAAUUACGGAAAGCAAUGCCGCAAUUGCCGGAGCUUCUGCUGUUCCGAGCACUUCAGCGGACAACACAGAAGCAAAGUUGGAAGAUGCCCAAAGUGAUACCGAAUCCGAGGACACAAUACCAGAACUGGAAGAUGCAGGAGCUGCCUCCGUUCAACUUUCAUCAGGUGGAUUGCCAGAUUUAGUAUCCAAAGCGAAACAGUCACGAGGCGAGAAAAAAGCCCGUAAGAUCAUGUCCAAGUUGGGUCUGAAACCAGUGCAAGGUGUAAACCGAGUAACAAUUCGCAAAUCAAAGAAUAUCCUUUUUGUGAUAAACAACCCGGAUGUUUUCAAGAACCCCCACAGUGAUACCUAUAUCAUCUUCGGCGAGGCAAAAAUUGAAGAUCUUUCCCAACAAGCGCAGGUGGCAGCCGCCGAGAAGUUUAAGGCUCCGGAAGCUACUCCUGCCGCAGGUGAAGCUGCUGGCGCCACCACCUCUGUUGCACCUAUUGCCGAAGAAGACGAAGAAGAAGUGGACGACACAGGAUUCAACGAAAAGGAUAUUGAGCUGGUCAUGCAGAAUGCUGCCGUACCUCGCGCUAAAGCUAUUCGGGCGCUAAAAGAGAAUAAUUUCGACGUUGUAAAUGCUAUUAUGGAGCUAACGAUGUAAUGAUUCUCAUGCUGGCAAUGCGUUAGUGUCCCCCAGGAAUCCUGUUCGUUGUCCCUCUUCUUUUAUACAAAUACCUUCUAGCUACAAUAUACAGUUCUAGACACAAGAAACUUUUCUGAUAAAAUGUUCCAAAACGAUAAAAAUUCGACAGUCUCUAUUGCAAAAUAUAAACUUGCAACGUAUUAGGGAUAUAUAACACUGCUUAUGAAACCGCUACUAUUACUGCAACACAACACAACAUGCUACGUCUAAUGAAUGGGAAAACAAUCGGAAAAAACUCAAAAAAAAUAAUAAAAUGCAUAAAACUUGACAA